ACCUCUCCGUCCGUUACUCUCAGUUCGUGGCGGCGAGUUAACGGCGGACUGUCCGGAGCUCCAGCGGCACGUUCAAGGGGGAACCGUGACGGGGAACCGGAGAGGAGGAAGAGGAGGAAGAGGAGGAAGAGGAGGAAGAGGAGGAAGAGGAGGAGAACUUUUCCCGCCCGUGAUGUGGUGAUGGAGGAGGCGGAGCUUAGCCACCACGUCGCCCAGCUGAAGGUGGAGUUCGACAGCUGCGACACGACGGCCAGCGGCUUCCUGGACCGAGACGAGCUGACGGCGCUCUGCAGGAAGCUGCAGCUGGACGCCCACCUGCUGCUGGGCCGGCUGCUGGGAGGACGGGCCUACAGCAAGGUGAACUUUGAGGAGUUUAAAGAAGGCUUCGUGGCUGUUCUGUCUCGCUCUCUGGACUUCAGCACCUCAGAGGACGACAGCAGCUACCUGGAGCCAGUUGUUCCAGAGGAGGUGAAGCCAAAGUUCACGAAGGGAAUGAAGCGUUACGGUCGUCGCUCCCGGCCCGACGCCGCGCCAACCGCCGCCCCGGAGGACUCGCCGUCCGGAACUGAGGCCGCGGACUCGUCCCCGACCGGCGUCCGCAGAGCUAAAGUGAGACGCUCGACGUCUCUGGAGAGUGUUGAGAGCCUGAAGUCUGACGAGGAGGCAGGAAGUCCAAAGGAGAACAUCCUGCCAGACUUUCAGAGUAAAGGAGGAGGAGGAGGAGCAGCAGAAGGAGGAGCAGCAGGAGGAGCAGCAGGAGGAGGAGAAGGAGGAGCAGGAAGCGUCCUGAUGACGGCGUGUAGUCAGCUGGACCCUGAGGAAGUGGACCUGGACGGCAGAGUCGGCAUCGGGGACUUCCAGAAGGUCCUGUGUGGCUCCGCCCCCAUCUCCUGCUCCACCCCCCUACGGUCAGCUGACCUGCAGAGAGCGCCACCGCGAGUCAGACAGCUACUCCAGUCUCAGGCGGCCUCGGAGGAGCGCUCGGCCCGGUCCGCCUCGCCCUCCCUGCUGACAGCCACGGGGGGCCAGAGAGUCCUGAGCCGGCUGGACGAGGGCUCAGGAUGCACCGGGCCCGAGCGGGUCCUCGCCCUCUGGACCGAGGAGGGCAUCCGCAACAGCCGGGAUAUCCUGCAGACCCUGGACUUCCCUCUGGAGGACCGGCUCAGUCUGGUGGACUUGACUUUGGCUCUGGACAACGAGCUGCUGGUCAGCGGGAACGGGAUCCACCAGGCGGCUCUGAUCUCUUACAAGAACGAGGUCCAACACCUGCAGGUGCUGGUGGACCAGGCCUGCAGGGAGCGGGCCAAGGUGAAGACAGACCUGGAUCAGGCCCAUCAGAGGAACCUGCAGCUGGUCAGAGAGGUGGACGACCGCCACGCCAGCAUGGAGACGCUCAACCAGAGCAGGAUCAGGGAGCUGGAGCAGGUGUUCCGUGAUAGGCUGACGGCUCUGCGCAGCCGGUGUGAGCAGGAGGGCGAGGCUCAGCUGCAGCAGGCGGAGAGGGAGAGCUGCGCGCUGCAGGGCGAGCUGCGGCUGCUGCGGGGCCAGGAGGCGGAGCUUCAGGAGGAGCUCUGUAGCGCCACACAGGAGAGCAGUCGCCUGGAGGAGGACCUGAGCGCCGUGAAGCUGAAGCUGACUGAAGCAGAGCGCUCCGUGAAGCGGCUGCAGAGAGACCUGGACCAGCUGCUGCACGACAAGUUUGGCGGUUUGGACCCGGCUGCUGGUCUGAGUCACGAGGAGCGAGUCGCCGAAAUCAUCAAAGACUACGAACUGCAGUGCCGGGAGCUGCGGGACAGAAACGAUGAGCUGAGCUCAGAGUUGGAGCUGCUGAAGAAUCAGAGGAGCAACAGGAAGUCCAGACGCUCUGCAGAAGCUCUGACAGGCUGGAGAGGAGGGGGAGGAGCUAGCAGCACGGAGUCUGCUCUGUGCUCUCUGGAGGUCUCUGGUCCGUCUGUCAGCAUCCAGACUGAACUGGCUCUGGAGCAGCUGAAGCAGAAACAAGACCAGGAGCUCCAGCAGCUCCACAUCCAGCUGGAGACACAGGUGAACUUCUAUGAGCGCAGCCUGGAGGUGAUGAGACAGAGCAUGGAGGUGGAACGUAAGGACAUCUCUCAGGCCUUCAAGAUGGAGAUCAGUGAGCUGGAGGAGCAGAAGUCUCAGGUGGAGCAGCAGCUGAAGCACCUGAAGGACCAGGUGCACCGCGGAGGAGGAGGAGGAGGAGGGUGGAGCAACCAGCAGGACCGCAGAAUGCAGCGGGAGCGAGCGGAGCUGGAGCAGAACUUCGCCAGAGAGAUCGGCAACCUGGUCCAGAGACUGAGCUCUGAGAAGGACCAGCUGGAGGCGGAGCUCAAGCUGCAGGCGGACCAGGAAGUGACGCUGGUCAGGAAGGAGGCGGAGCCGCCGCUCUCUCACAUGGAGCGGCAGCUCGCCGAGGGCCAGAGAGGAUUCUGGGAGAUUCUGCUUCAGGUGACCCAGCUGAAGGAGGAGCUGGGAAACCUCCAGACGGCGUCCCACAGCACCCUGCAGGACAGAAACCACCUGCAGGAGGCCACGGAGAACCGGGCCCGGGUUCUGUCCAAACUGACUGCCGAGCUGGACUCGCUGAAGAUGGACCGCGACAGGCUGGUCCAGGACCUGAAGGACCAGGCCGUGGCUGUAGACAACCUGCAGCUCAAGCUGGACGGCGUCUUCAAGGAGUUGGGCAGGAGGAGGAGCGCUGAGGAGGGUCUCCAGGUGGCUCUGAAGCAGGAGCGGACCAGGACCUCGCUGCUCCGGUCUGCUCUGGACCAGGACCAGGAGGAGGUCUGUCGUCUGAGCCAGGAGAACGGGAGCUACGCCCGGUUAGCAGACCAGCUCUCCAGCCAGAUCGUAGAGAUGGAGGAGGAGAUCUCCACGCUCAGAGACCAUCUCGGAGAGCUGAGUGCUCAGCUCAACGAGACCGCAGACCUGGUCCUAGACCUCCGGGGGCAGCUUAACUCUAAAACCUGCAAGGUGGACCGCCUCCGGACCGAGGUCUCUUCCGAGAAGCAUUGCGGAGACCUGUCCAACAGGCUGCACGCGAAGCACAUAGACCUGGAUCUGACCGGACAACGAGUCCUCCGGCUGCAGCGGGACCUGCAGGACUCCCGGGACCAGCUAAAGACGGCGCAGCAGGACUUCGAACAGGAGAAGAGGAAGAUGAUGCAGCAGCUGAUGGAGCUGGAGACGCUGGUCCUGGACCUGGAAGAGGUGAUGGACCCGGCCUGUCCACACAGGACUCAGCUGGAGGAGGUUCGAUCGGAGAACGGAGCUCUUCAGGAGCGACUGAGCAUCCUGCAGCAGGAGGUCACGGAGCUGGAGGACCACGUGGGCAAGAAGAGGAGCAAAGUGGACGAGAUGGAGAGGGAACACAAGAGGAGCAGAGAAGAGGAGGAGAGGCUGCACAAACAGAACUCCAGAUAUCGUGAGGAGGUUCUGGCUCUGAGCAGCAGGAACCUGCAGCUCAGCGACGACAACGCCGAGCUGAGCGCCCGUCUCCGGGAGGACCAGGAGUUGGUCCGGGUGCUGCGGGAGCGCCUAGUGGCGGUCUCCGAGGAGCAGGAGGAGGAGGAGACCACGGUGCGGCGGCUGCAGGAUGCGGCGCUGCAGCAGGAGGUUGUCUGGACGCAGGAGAAACAUCUGAUGGACAGACAGCUCAGCUGCUAUGAGGAGAAGCUCGCCUGUGUGUCGGCGUUGGAGGCGGAGCUUACCGCAGUGACCCUGAAGCUGCAGCGGUCAUUGGAGGAUAAAGACGGACUGCUGAGAGAAGCCUCCGAGCGGAACAACAAGGUGGAGACGCUGCAGCGGUCGCUACUCUCGGUGGAGUCGGAGGCCGAGCUGCUUCGCUCUCGGCUGCGUGCCGUUGGUCGGGAGGAAGUGGGCCACGCCCAGGAAGUGGGCCACGCCCAGGAAGCGGCGGAGAAGGUGGAGGAGCUGGAAAGGGAGAAAGAGGAGCUCCGUCAGGCUCUGGAGGAGCAGGAGGAGCAGGCCUCCGUCACCCUGCAGGAGGAGACCCACAAACUGAGAGUCCAGAACCAGGAGCUCCAACACCAGCUGGCGGCUCUGCAUGUCCAGGGUCUGGAGGUCCAGAAGCUGGAGGAGGAGCAGAGGAGGAGUCUGCAGCAGGAGGAGGAGCAGAGGAGGAGUCUGACGGAGCAGGAGGAGCUGCUGAGGACCCGGCUGGAGGAGGAGCAGAGGAGGAGUCUGCAGCUGGAGGAGAUGCUGAGGCUGCAGGCCCAGCAGAGCAGCUCCCACAUCAGCAUGAAGCAGGGUCAGUGGGAGAAGGUUGUGUCAUCCCUGCAUCAGAGGGUGGAGGGUCUAGAAACCACCCUGAAGGGGGUCCGUCUGGUCCUGCAGGAGAAGGUCCAGCAGCUCAAAGAUCAGCUGCAGAAGAACAGGAAGUCCGGCGCUCUGCUGAAGGACCUGCACGAGGAGACCUCCCAGCUGAUGGCGGCCCUGCAGGUCACGGAGCAGCGGCAGAAACAAGCAGAGAAGAAGAACUUCCUGUUGGAGGACAGAGUCAGAGCGCUGAACCAACUGCUGCGUGAGAUUGUACCUGCGGCGCUCGCCACGUAGACCCCUUGUAGACUCCUCGUAUACCUAGACUCCUCGUAGACGACUCGUAUACCUAGACUCCUCGUAGACGACUCGUAUACCUAGACUCCUCGUAGACUCCUCGUAUACCUAGACUCCUCAUAGACUCCUCGUAUACCUAGACUCCUCAUAGACUCCUCGUAUACCUAGACUCCUCAUAGACGACUCGUAUACCUAGACUCCUCAUAGACGACUCGUAUACCUAGACUCCUCGUAGACGACUCGUAUACCUAGACUCCUCGUAGACGACUCGUAUACCUAGACUCCUCGUAGACGACUCGUAUACCUAGACUCCUCGUAGACUCCUCGUAUACCUAGACUCCUCAUAGACGACUCGUAUACCUAGACUCCUCGUAGACGACUCGUAUACCUAGACUCCUCGUAGACUCCUCGUAUACCUAGACUCCUCAUAGACGACUCGUAUACCUAGACUCCUCGUAGACUCCUCGUAUACCUAGACACCUCGUAGACGUAGACGCCUCGUAUAGCUAGACACCUCGUAGAUGUAGACACCUCGUAGACGUAGACGCCUCGUAUACCUAGACACCUCGUAGACGUCUCGUAGAUGUAGACCCCUCGUAUACCUACUCCUCGUAGACUCCACGUAGACGUAAAUAUAAACAUAUUUAAUACAAACAUUUAAUAUGAAAUACGUCUAUUAAAUAUAAACAUAUUCAAUACAUAAACAAUAUAUUCUAAAGUAUCCUUUUUAAACAGGAAGUCAACAUGUUUGAUUUGAUAUUUUCAUUUACAUAAGAAUUAAUCAAUAACUGCAGCACAAUCAUUUGUUUAUAAUUAUGAUUUUUUUUUUUUUACUUUCAAUGAAUUCUGCAGAUUAUUUUGACAAUCAGUCAGUUUAGUGGAUAAAAAUAGUGCGAAUGUUUCAAUAUAUUAUAUUUAUUAUAACCAAUCAAUAAACUGGAGGGAAGAAAUAAUAUUUCAGAAUAAAAGCGGCGCUUUUUUAUUUUACAUGUCCCGAUCAGAUUAUUAUUGUAUCUGUGAGGAUGUUUGUAGUCUAUAAAGUACAAUGUAUUGAUUAUGAAAGUUCUGUAAUAAAACAGAUUAAAUCACA